CUAAACCAGAACCUGCAAAGAAAGAACCUGAGAUAACCAAAGAAAAACCGAGGGCACCAAAGAAAGAUGCUAAAGUCAUCAAGGAGGAAGCUAAACCAGCUCCUGCAAAGAAAGAGGCUGAAGUCAUCAAAGAUGUUAAACCAGCCCCUAAGAAGAGAGAGGCUGAAGGAGAAAGUGAAACCGGCUCCUGUAAAGAAAGAGCCUGAAGUUGCUAAAGAAAAGGCACCUGUACUGAAACCCAAAAAAGAGCCUGAAUUUAUCAAAGAGAAACCAGCACCUCCAAAGAAAGCACCUGAAAUAACCAAAGAAAAACCAAAGCCAGCACCAAAGAAAGAGGCUGAAGUCAUCAAAGAGAAAGUCAAAUCAGCCCCUGAGAAGAAAGAGGCUGAAGUCAAGGAGAAAUCUAAACCAGCCCCCGAGAAGAAAGUGGCUGCAGUCAUUAAGGAGAAAGUAACUCCUGUAAAGAAAGAGCCUGAAGUUGCAAAAGAAAAGGCACCUGAACCAAAACCAGAAUCCACCAAGAAAGUUGAGGUUCCAAAAGAAAAAGAAAAACCAGUCCCUGAAAAGAAAGCAGCACCUGAAAUAACCAAAGAAAAACCCAAGCCUGUACCAAAGAAGGAGGCUGAAGUCAUCAAAGAGAAAGUUAAACCAGCUCCUGAGAAGAAAGAGCCUGAAGUCAUUAAGGAAAAGGUUAAACCAGCCCCUGAGAAAAAAGAGGCUGAAGUCAAGGAGAAAGCAAAACCAGCUCCUGUAAAGAAAGAAGCGGAAGUAAUCAAAGAAAAAGCUAAAGCAGCCCUUGAGAAAAAAGAGGCUAAAGUCAUCAAGGAGAAAGCUAAACCAGCCCCUGAGAAGAAAGUGGCUGACAUCAUCAAAGAGAAAGCUAAACCAGCCCCUGAGAAGAAAGAGGCUGGAGUCAUUAAGGAGAAAGCUAAACCAGCCCCUGAGAAGAAAGAGCCUGAAGUUACCAAAGAGAAAGCUAAACCAGCCCCUGAGAAGAAAGAGGCUAAAGUCAUCAAGGAGAAAAUUAAACCAGCUUCUGUAAAGAAAGAGCCUGUAGUUUCUAAAGUAAAGGCACCUGAACCCACAAUGAAAGAGCCUGAGAUAAUUAAAGAAAAACCCAAGCCAGCACCAAAGAAAGAGGCUGAAAUCAUGAAAGAAAAAGCUAAACCAGCCCCUGAAAAGAAAGAGCCUGAAGCUGCUAAAGAAAAGGCACCUGAACCGAAACACAAAAUAGAGGCUGAAGUCAUCAAAGAGAAAGCUAAACCUGUCCCUAAGAAAAAAGAGGCUGAAAUCAUUGAGGAAAAAGUUAAACCAUCUCCUAUAAAGAAAGAGCCAGAGGUUCCUAAAGAAAAGGCACCAGAACCUGCAAAGCGAGUUCCAAAGGAAAAGGCAAAACUAGUCCCUAAAGAAAAAGCACCCACGAUAACUAAAGAAAAACCAAAACCAGCACCAAAGAAAGAGGCUGAAGUCAAGGAGAAAGCUAAACCAGCUGCUGAGAAGAAAGAGGCUGAAGUCAUCAAGGAGAAAGUCAAACCAGCUCCUGUAAAGAAAGAAGUCAUCAAAGAGAAAAUGAAACCAGCCCCUGAGAAGAAAGAGGCUGAAGUCAUCAAAGAGAAACCUAAACCAUCUCCUGAGAAGAAAGAGGCUGAAGUCAUCAAGGAGAAAGUUAAACCGGCUCCUGUAAAGAAAGAGCCUGAAGUUGCUAAAGAAAAGGCACCUGAACCAGCACCAAGAAUAGCACCUGAAAUAAUCAAAGAAAAGCCAAAGCCAGCACCAAAGAAAGAGGCUGAAGUCAUCAAAGAGAAAGCUAAACCAACUCCUGAAAAGAAAGAGCAUGAAGUUCAUAAAGAAAAGGCACCUGAACCAAUGCCAGAACCUACAAAGAAAGUUGAAGUUCCAAAGGAAAAGGCAAAACCAGUUCUUGAAGAAAAGGAACCCAAAAUUACUAAAGAAAAGCCAAAGCCAGCACCAAAGAAAGAAGCUGUAGUCAUCAAAGAAGAAGCUAAACCAGCCCCCGUGAAGGAAGAGGCUGAAAUUGUCAAAGAGAAAGCUAAACCAGCCCCUGUAAAGAAAGAGGCUGAAACCAUCAAGGAGAAAGCUAAACCAGCUCCUGAGAAGAAAGUGGCUGAAGUCACCAAGGAGGAAGUUAAGCGAGCUCCUGUGAAGAAAGAGCCUGAAGUCGCUAAAGAAAAGUUAUUAGAACCAGCUCCAAAUAAAGAUGAUGUUGGUCUUGGUCUUAUUGGUUUGGACUUGGAGCUCUUGAGCUCUAUCAACCAAAAACUGUCUCUUCUGGAUUUACUGAGGAAGGACAUUGGUGAAAUGAAGAGUGAUCUGGAGUCCACUCAAAAUCAAAUUACGCUUUUACGAAUGGACAACAGAACAAUCAAAGAACCGAAGACUGUCGGUGUAAAGGUAAAACUAGCAGUCUCCAAGGAAAAGGUCAAAACACCAAAAAAAGACCAUGAUGCUCUGGUGAACGUUACUAAGACGACAGCACAUAUUAAAGCAGAAUGUGAUGCACUGAAAAACAUCAGUAAACCAGCACCUGCAAAGAAAGAUAAAGAGGCUCCAAAAGCUAAGAUCAGACCAGAGCCCAAAAAGAAAGAAAUCACCCAUGAGGAUGCCAAACAAGUAAAGGAACCUUUACAGAAAGAACCUGAGCAGGUCAAACAAAAAGCAGUCGAGCCAACUGAGAAGGAAGCUGUUGUGGGCAAGGAAGUAAAAGGAGAAGAACCUGAUGUCUCCAAAGAUAUUCCAGAGAUAGAGGAGGAGGACGUUCCCUACUUCCAGUGUUUCUUUGUGGAUGAGGAUGAUACUCAGUAUCCGUUCUUCCCCUUUUCACCACCGCUGUGGUGAGUCCAGCCAUACCUCGUAUUCUGAUGUUAAACAACAUGGCAAAGGCAGUGAAGACGGACCUCUGAACGCUGAGGAAUCUGCUGCUCUGAUGCAGUGGAGAGGUGCACAGUAGGUCCUACAGCAUUACACCAGCAACGACCAAGAAAUGUGAAAGAGAUUUAAGUUACUUCCUGGAAAACUUCCUUCUCAAAUUCUUUGUCAUUUUGAAGGACAGAGUUUGCAAAUAUUGCACUAUUUAUUAUCUUAAGGCUAUCCAUCUUUUUAUUAAUACCAUGGAUUUGCCUUUUGUUUCAGAAUGAUUACUAUCUAUUUAUGAUUAAUAUAUAUCCAAGAAAGAAUGUGAGUAUCGUUUGUCCAGACAACACUGACAGGAAGUUAUGAAAGAACUAACUUCCUUUCUGAACAUGCAGUGCGUUUCAGGAUCGUAAUAUUAUACGGUCUUUUAUAUAUACAUGGGACAUGACCUCAUUUUGAUGGGGUGCUAAUUCAAAGCAUUCCACUGUGUUUUCUGUCAGAAUGGGGUUUGAAAGUUGUUCACUGUUUACACAACUGGAAGGGAGGAUAUAAUCGAGCAAGAAAUAUGUAAACUAUUUCAUAUAUCCUUUCUUAGUAAUACCGUUUACUAAACCGUUUACAGAAGUAACAACUGCACUGAGAAAUAAGGGCUUUGGACAGUAAGCUCAGUUCCUCUGAAUGUAUACAUCAUUUUAAUAAUUUUUUAUUUUUAUUUUAUUUAUAUAUUUUUUAUUUUAUUUCUCUCUCUCUUUUAGCUUUCCAUACAUUUUAUUUAAUACAACUUGCCAAACUUUUUUAUAAAUCUAUACUUCACAGAGGAAACAUAUGUUUUGUUCAGUGCUCUUUAUAAAUGAACACACUGGAUUUUGCAUAACAAAAUGAAGCUAAACUGUUGUGCUAAAUCCAGGAAAAAGCAUUAAACAUCAAGUCAACUGCGUUGUUCUAAUAUAUUACAUUGCAACCACUACUGUUUUUACAUUUCUCUGCAUAACCUUAAUAGUUUAUGUAAGGUAAUGUCUGUAACGAUGUGGAUGUGUUUUUUGCAAUAUUACAUGGAUAGGCCUAUACCUCAUAUAGAAGAGCCAAUUAAAUGGCAUUCUGAAUUAUGUUACAAAAAAUGUCUAUUGCACGUUAUACUCGUACAGAAGAUUUUUUUUUCAGUAUGGGAUAAAAUUAUGUGCCAGAUUAAAUGUAUUGCAUGCAACCACAGUGUUUUUCAGCACUGCCUCUGGUGGCUCCCUGGCUCAUUACUUCAUUACUUGAUUUAAUGAUAUUGAGUGUUUAAUGGUGUGUACUAGUGAGACACACGAUUAAACUAGUGUGCCGGUGGGCCGCCCUGGAGACAUUUAUUUUACUGCCACUGUCUUUUCUGUAGGAGUUCAGCAUGUGGCUCCAUAGAGAAUAAACUCAUGUCUGUAGAAAGAGCUUUUUUUUCUCUGAUGUACAGUAACGUGUACAGCGAUCAUACGUUUUGUCUGGGUUUUGACUUUUAGUUCUUGCUGAAGGUAAUGACUGUAAAGUAGUUUGUCCAGCAUGCAAGCAUUGUGCUUAAUUGACAAAUUGUGAAGAAGCAGGUGGGAUCUACAGAGAACAGUCAAAGCAAUACAAAUGCAUGUACAUAUAAUGUCUGAGGACUGUAGAGAGCAAAAGCCAAAACCCGGACAUUUUAGGCAAUGUAGAAACCCCGAUCAGGAUAUGUCUGGGAAUAAGAGAAUGUAUAGUCACCUGCACAAAUGCAUAUUAUAGCAAUGCUCAUUUGUAACAGAUAUAGGUCUUUUUUGGACAAAAAAAAAAAAAAAGUUACUUUAACCACGGUAGAUUAUGAGCUUGUUGGUGUGUUCUCAUGCAAAAUGUGAAGCAAUGAAUAACAGCAUUUUUCAAUAGUUCAUAUAGUUAUUUAAAAUUUGUGUAUUGUUAUUUUAA